CUUCAAGUUCGCCCCAGCAGCAAAGCAUUGUGGGAAGGCAUGGGACCGUGAAACCCUAAAGUAUGGCGGAUGGGGAAGAGCCGGCGAAGAAAAGACAGAGAAUAGAGGAGCAGCCUGAGAAGUUAGUGAUGAAAUGCUAAGCGCUGGCUGCAGAAUGGCAGUGGAUGUUAGCAGCAGCAGCAGUGACUGGGACGGGAGAUGGAGCCAUGUGCAGAAGUUUCUGGAGAGAUCUGGACCUUUCACGCACCCUGAUUUUGAACCAAGCGAGGAGACACUACAGUUUUUAUUGGAAACAUGCAAAAUUCUAGUGAUUGGAGCAGGAGGCCUUGGCUGUGAGCUCCUGAAAAACCUGGCAUUGUCAGGGUUUCGGAACAUCCACGUGGUAGAUAUGGACACUAUUGAUGUGUCGAAUCUGAACAGACAGUUCCUCUUCAGGCCCGCAGAUGUCGGCCGUCCUAAGGCAGAGGUGGCAGCUGACUUCAUCAACAGUCGAGUUCCAGGAUGUCACGUUGUCCCACACUUUAAGAAAAUUCAAGAUUUUGAUGAAUCUUUUUACAGACAAUUCCACAUAAUUGUGUGUGGCCUGGACUCCAUCAUUGCUCGUCGCUGGAUGAAUGGAAUGCUGUUGUCACUGCUUAUCUAUAAAGAUGGGGCUUUGGUUCCCAGCUCCAUAAUCCCACUGAUAGAUGGAGGUACAGAAGGCUUUAAAGGGAACCUGAGGGUCAUCUUGCCUGGUAUGACAGCCUGCAUAGACUGCACACUGGAGCUGUAUCCUCCACAGGUUAAUUUCCCAAUGUGCACCAUUGCAUCGAUGCCGCGGCUGCCCGAGCACUGCAUCGAGUAUGUACGGAUACUGCUUUGGCCCAAAGAGAAACCGUUUGGAGAUGGAGUAGCUCUGGAUGGAGAUAAUCCUGAACACAUUCAGUGGGUUUUCCAGAAGUCUCUGGAGAGGGCAGCGGAGUUCAGCAUCACUGGUGUUACCUACAGACUCACACAAGGUGUGGUUAAACGAAUUAUCCCUGCUGUUGCAUCCACCAAUGCAGUCAUCGCUGCUGCUUGCGCUACAGAAGUUUUUAAGAUUGCUACAAGUGCUUAUAUUCCUUUAAAUAAUUAUAUGGUGUUUAAUGAUGUGGACGGCUUGUACACCUACACCUUCGAGGCAGAGAGAAAGGAGAACUGCUCAGCGUGUAGUCAAGUUCCUCAGAAGCUACAGUUCCCUCCGUCUGCUAAACUACAGGAAGUGCUGGAGUAUCUGACUGAGAAUGCUUCCUUACAAAUGAAAUCUCCAGCCAUCACUGCAACGCUCGAAGGCAAAAACAAAACUCUUUACUUACAGAGCGUGGCUUCAAUUGAAGAAAGAACAAGGCCCAAUCUCUGCAAAACUUUAAAAGAACUGGGAUUAACUGAUGGACAGGAGCUAGCCGUGGCUGAUGUCACCACUCCUCAAACGGUUCUCUUCGAGCUUCAAUUCACAUCCUGAACACAAGAAGUCCUGGACAUUAUAUAAAUAUCCCCUUCUAUAUAUAAUAUCCUCCUCUCAUUUACAGAAAAGCUGCAUUGGAGCUUAUUAGAUGAAAUGGAAAACUAUUUAAGAAUAUAUUUUGUUGUGUACAUAAGGCACUUUGCAGUGUAUGCAGCACUUCUCUUCUGCUUUUUAUUAUGUUCUUCUGUUUGCCUGAAAAGCUCCGGUAACGAUUUCCCAGUUUGAGUUAUUUGAAGGUUCAUUUAAACCAGCUUCACAAAGUGGAGAAGACCUUUCUAGCACAUACAGAGUUCCAACACUGGGGAUGAAGGUCAAUUUUGAGCAUUUAAUGAUGCUUCAUGUUUUUAUUAAAGGGUUUUUUUGUCCAUCUGUUUAAUGUAAAUAUCGCUGGUCACUUGUAUGCUUGUCAGUGAAAAACGCUCUGUAAUAAAAGGAAGUGUUCGCAGG